AUGCCGAACGAAUUCAUAGGAAGCCCUGAAAGGGGCGGUUUCAGCAAUCCGGAAAAGCCCUUGGCACGCCGGAGCACAGAGUUACGUUCCGACGAGAGUGCGCCGAGUCCAAACCAAGCGCAUAUCAAGGAACACGAUAAUGGGAAAAAUGGCCAGGCCGCCAAGAAGAGUGAUGGCUUCUGGAGGACGGUACGUCGCUAUGUGUGGGACGACCCAGACAAGCCCGAGUACGAGAAGAAAUUCCUGCUGAAACUCGAUUUCUUCCUGCUCACCUACACGUGUCUGGGUUAUUUCUGCAAGAACCUGGAUCAAGCAAACAUCAGCAAUGCCUAUGUUUCGGGGAUGAAGGAAGCGCUCGGCAUGUAUGGCUCCGAGCUCACUUAUGCCAGUAACGUCUUCACUGCCGGCUAUGUCAUCAGCCAGCUGCCGACGGUUAUCCUGGUUACCAAACUGCGCCCUUCAUAUGUUAUUCCAACGCUCGAGGUGCUGUGGGCUAUCUUCACGUUCUGCUCCGCGGCGGUCAAGACUGUGCCACAACUGUAUGCUAUGCGUUUCCUGGUUGGAAUCUGUGAAGGUGCCUUCUUUCCAUGUAUCAUCUAUCUCAUCGCCUCCUGGUACAAGUCGGACGAGAGAGGAAAGAGAACCACAAUCUUCUAUUCUACUGCAACUCUUGCCGGUAUGUUCUCUGGAUACCUUCAAGCAGGUGCCUACGCCGGUUUGAAUGGCAAGCUGGGACACGCAGGCUGGCAGUGGCUUUUCAUUGUCUGUGGGAUCAUCAGUCUACCUGUUGGUGUCAUUGGGUACUUCUUCAACCCUGACUUCCCGGAGAAUACACGUGCUUGGUACCUCACGAAGGAGGAAAUUGAGUUUGCGAAGAAACGCCUACGUGAUGACGGUUACAAGCCCCUGGGCGCUUCGGCCUGGGAUAAGAAAAAGAUUUUCAGGAUCUUUGGCUCGUGGCAGUUCUGGGUCUUGUCAUUUGGGUAUUUCUUCGUCCAAUCCAGCUUCCCUGCCCAGCAGCCCUUCUAUGCGCUAUAUCUCAAGGCUUCAGGGCAUAGCACAUACGAAGUCAAUGUGUGGCCAACAGGGCAAUCUGCUGUGGGUGCCGUAACGCAGAUUGUCGCCGGCAUGCUGUCGGACUCGCCUCUACUAAAGGGCCGUCGCUGGCAAGCUAUUGCCGUAAUGCAGGGUGGUACCAUAUUCGCGACCAUUGUCUUGGCCAUAUGGGACGUGCCAGUCGGGCUGAAAUACGUUGCGUACUACAUGUCGUAUAUGUCGGCUGGCGUUCCAGGGAUUUAUUACUCGUGGUUUCCCGAUCUGAUGCCGCACGACCAUGAGAUGCGUGGCUUCAUGACAGCUUUCUCGAACUGCUUUUCGUAUGUCAACCAAAUCUGGUUCACUGAUGCCUUCUGGAGAACCGCGGAGGGGCCUCAAUUCAGGGCCGGGUUCACUGCUGCGGCAACCUUUGGGGUGGUUCUAAUUCUGACAGCAUUAUUAAUGCGAUACCUUGAAUCGAAGGAUACAAGAAAGCGCAAAAUCCAGGCAGUGAACGCCAAUGCAGAAGAUCCGGUUAUUCCUGCUGGUGCAGUAGAUAGAAACGUAGUGUAA